CAUUUGAAAUUCCACAAGAUGUGUCUUCUCCCUUCUGCUCAUUCUACAGUGGGCUAAAUCUCAGUUAAACAAAUAAAAAACAAAAAGCAUUCAGACACCACAGCAUUGCGAGGGUUGCCCUCCCUCUCUUAGGAUGCAGUACUACGAUGCCGCUGGGGUCACUCAAACCCCCAGAACUGAGCCUAGUCAAUCCUCUUUGAUUCAUGACGUAAAAUUUUCCAGUAGAAACAAGAAUGGUUGACAUGAAAGAACUAGUGAGUGAUAUUCUCCACGAAAUUGUUGGGGAGAUCGACAUAAAUUGCUUAGAUAAAUUAAAUAUCGUCAGGAUAAACAAUGGCAUCUCCACUAUCAACGGUGAUCUAUGGUUUUACAGUAAAUUAGAUGCCUGGAGAGAAGUCAUAGCACCUGAAAAUAACGAUGAAACCUCCCAAGACAUAUUGGAAUAUUAUUUAAGAAGAAAAAAAAACUAUGUCUCUGGAUCGAACGAGGAUAACGUACAGAAGGCCAUUCAGUCUUUGGUAAAAGCAAGUGAAAACUGGAGCAUAAAACUAGAGAGUGGUUGCCUUCAAAGGGAGAGAGUCUGUUUCUCUUUAAAUCAUCACUCAAUCAUCACAAGUGUCAUUAAAAAAAUAAUAAUUGACAAUAUUCACCUGCCACAGAAGAAUCGAACGAUUUUCCUCCAAGUGAAUAACGACCCGGAGUCGAAUCUCACGACUUUUCGACUCCAGGAGCUCAAAAAUUUUGCUCAGAAUAUUUUUAGACUCCAAGGAUACGACAUAACAAAUACUUCUCCAGAGAAAUACCUCCUCACAACUAACAGUCACGGAUCUAUAGAGGCUAGCUACAAAAGAUAUAUCUGCAAUUUCGUCCAAGAUGCACGAUCGAAUGUCUACAAAACAAACGAAACCCGCGAAUCUUACUUGAAGAGGCAGAUUGCAAUGCUGAAAAUAUUGAGUGAAAUGAGGGAACCAGGAAGAAAAGAUCUUGACGGGAGAAUGAGAAGUAUUGCAGAGGCUACUUUGAAAUUUGAAAUACUGGGAGUUAAGCCCCAUUGCCGCAGCUUCAUCGAAGUUUCUGACGAUUCCCGGCUAUCAAAUUUUACAAUCAAAGGUGGGGCUUUUGUGCUGUAUAAUGUGGCGAGGAUUCAAGCAAUUUUUCGAAAAUUUGAGGAGGAGUACUCACUCCAGACUCGUGAAGCCUUCCAAAAUGUGGAUCAAAUCGAUUUUAGCAGACUUUCGUUACAGGGAGAGUGGAAUCUUGUUUAUAAUUUUAUACUGACCUAUCCCAAAGUGCUAAUGAACUCAGUGCACCACGAGGAAUUGCUGGAACUAUGUCCCCAAGUCCUGUGCGCGUUCUUGUCGCGUUUAAGUAGAAAGUUCAGUGUCUACUACCACCACACUCGAAUAUUAACGGAGGAGCGUAAGCAUUUAAUUCCGAUCAUGUUGGCCCGACUGUCCCUGCUGAAAGCUCUUCUGAUCGUUUUUCAUCACGCCCUGGAGGUAUUAAACAUCACCCCAAUACCACAGAUGUAAAUCACAAAGAAGAAUAAAAAGACAGGAAAAAUCAUCAA